AUGACGACGGCGUCGCCCGCCGUCGUACCGAUGUUCAUGAGCCAUGAAGAGGAGGACGAUGAUUUCGGGGAAUUCGAGUUCGCAGCCUCCGCCUCCGCAUCGCUGUCACCCAAUCUCCCUCCCAACUACGGCAUCUCUAACCAGGCGCAACGGGGGCCCGUGGCGGGGGAAGGAGAUGACGACGAUGAAUGGAGUGGAUUUUUGGAGAACCCGCUCCAGCCCGAGCUCUUUUGGAACCCUCGUCAGCCGGCGCCACCAACUACUCUGUCUUCUCAUUCCUUUUUCUCCUUCGAUCCGCUCCCAGGACUACAGGCCCCAACGCCGGAUCUGACGCCGAUCAGCUCCGAGACGACGGUUGGCGUGGAGAAAGAAUGGCAGAAGCCGUCUGGUGCGCUCCCGCUUUCUUUGUUCGGGGGAGACGAGGAAGAAGACGCAGGGGAAGGAUCGUCGAGUACCUUCGAUCCUCCGUUUCCUGCCAUCAGUGGUGGGCUUUUCGACUCCUCCGUGUCGCCAGUAAGCAACGGCUUAGCAUCUGCUCCGAGCGGUGAUCUGAAAGAUCUGAUUGCCGGUCUGUACGGCCGGCAAGACAAUAUUAGCCCUGCCGCUUCUGGAAAUGCCAGCUUCGGCGGCGAUAAGCUGCAGAUUGAUGGAGAUAAUGGGCACAAUUCCAAUUCUACGGAUGGCGGUGGUGACGGGGAAGAUGGUUUCGACGAGUGUUGCUGGGAGUUUAAAGAUGCGGUUUCCAGUACUCCGGGUGGAGAGUUAAUAGAUUCUGCUUUGGUGAAGGUACUAUAGCCGUAGACCAAUUUCUAUUUUCGUACCCAAUUUCUGUUUGUGACUCUGAUACUUAUUUACUCUAUUUUAUUUCCUUUAUUUUGAGUUAGAAGGAAGGCAACUUAGCUGAUAUUCCUCGAGUUGAAGAAGCGAAACCCGCUGAUAUUGGUAGCAUAUUCCAGGUUGGUUACAAUCUAAUCAUCGGAGUCAUUCUCUGUCUCUAAGUUGGUCAGUUUACUUUUCAUUGUCAACCUCUGUUGAGCCUUUUUCUUUUUUUUCACAAACAUUGCAGCUUUGGCAUGUUCAAAGUCUCACAAAAGUUUCUUGCCAUGGAAGUUGUAUUUUCUGUGUUGAUACUGCGUGAAAUCCCCUGAUUUGUGGUAUUCCAAAUUUUGAAUAUCACUGGAGAAGCAAUAUCUAAGGAAUAGAUGCUCCAACUAUUCUGCUUCCUUGCAUAAGCUUGAUACAGUGCAGAUACCACAACAAUGGUUGCAAUUGUUUUUUGUGCUAAUGUCUGUGAGAAUGUUUUGGUUUUCGACCCAUUAGGCAAUUCCUUGAUGUUCUUGCUAUAACUCUUUCAAACCUUUUUUCUCUCAAUGAUUCCCAAGUACCUUUCAGACUCCCCACCCUUUUUCAAUUUAAGGUGAGACUAGUAACGAACUUCCCUCCUUUGUGGUUGGGUUUAUUCAUCAGUUUUGAUCAAAUAAGUGACCUGAUUGACUGUCCAUAGAAAAUAAGCCAAGUCUUUCCUUCGUAGUUUUACGUGGCUUCCUAGUUCCAUACUUCAAGGGUCACCUGUCUAGUAUAAGUCGUGCAGAACCAGAUAAAGUCAUGGGAGUUCGUUCAAAAAAUCACUCAAAAAUAUAAUUUCAUAAGAAAUUCAAUGCUACUCUGUUUUUCUAACACUGUACUGAUCCACAUUUAUUCUUCAACUCUCAACAAUAAUUUUCUGCAAAAAAGGGAGAUUAGUGCGAAUUGGUUGCAGUUUUUUAACAUUUUUUUUUCUAUUUCCUUCCAUCCAACCUUACACUCCACGUCCACUUUUUAAUAUGGACAUUCCAUCUGAGUAUACUGUUGAUCUCAAAAUUACACGGGUCAAUAUUUUUUCCUUUUCCAAUGGAGAAAUUUUGCUAGUAAUGUGAUUAUUGCUUUUUAAUCUUUUUGCAGACUUCCGGCACUUUAAUUUUGAAGGCCAGUGGUCAAGAACGGGAGGAUAUGCUGGGAACCAACCUCUUACCCAUAGUCCUUAGUGAUGAACAGCAAUGGGAAGGAGCCCUUGUUUCAAAUGAUACGAAAACAAAUGGUUUUGAUUUUGCACCUUCUGGCAAUGGCUAUGGUUUUACCUCAAUUUUUUGUCAAGGAGACGAGCAUGCCAAUAUUGAGAAUGGUUUGAAUCCCAAUGUAAAUAACGGGGACAUGAGUAUUGAUGACAAUGUCUUGGACAAAGAUCCAUUUACCAGAAUGGAAGUUCUGAAUGGUUUUUCUGGACCAACGGUAAUUUCGUGGGCUUUUUAACAUAAUUGAACAGCUUUACAAAUCCUCAUCGGCAACUUGCAUUUUCUUUAUCUUUGAACGCUGGAAAUGCCAGAUAAUUUCUGUUAUUCUAUAAACCUGAACACACGAGGACUAGUUUCAAGUUGACUUUCAUUUACCUUUUUCUUAUCUUAAUUUAUCUUAGAGAGGAAGGUAAAUGACAGUCUCAUUUGAUUAGAACUUUAUCUAAAUUUCAUGGAAGUUUCAUGUUAUCUUGAGGAAUGAAAUGCUAGCUUUUCAUAGGGGGUUUAAUUGCUAAGAAAAUGAAGGCUAGGACUAAAACCCUUCUUAAGUAAUGGCAUACCUUCAUUUUCAAAAAUGAUACACUUUCUCAUUUGCUGCAAUUGUCUUCUUACAUAUUUUUUCUUAUUGUAGGAGGAUCUUUAACUGUGAAUAGUUGCGAGCUCAUCGUUUGUUUGGUGUCAUUUACCAUCAGGAAAAAAAGCAAAAGAUCAAUAUUGAUUGGCAUCCUAGUAAACCUAGGAACAAAAGGGUUCCUUUUAGGCUGUCAUGUGAAAGGUGGAGGUGAACUUGUGUAGUUCUUUAUUGAGAGAAGGCAUUCUUGUAAGGAAGAAAGUUUCCCUGACAACGUCUAUUGUGGAAGCUCAAGAGAUAAAUUGACAUUCAUAUGGCACUGAUACAAUGGCUUCAUUCGCCUGUUCUAAAUAUUAAUUGAAACCAUGAUUUUCUGGCUCAGUCCGUUUUAUAGGACUACGAAUGAAUUUAUCUCCCAAAUCCUGGCCAACAUUGGGUUCUACUUGUAGUCUUGGACUGUUAGUAUCCUUUUUCAGUCACAAAUAUAAGCAAAACCUUGGAGAACUGAAAAUUCGCAUUUUAUUUAUUUAACUUUUUAAGAAUGUAGUCCAUAUCAUCUACGAAGUCAGCCUGACUUGAUCAUAUGACUGGACCCAGUUUUUUAGGACUCCCGAAUCUGAGCACCACAAGAAUUAAUUGAGACACAACAGUAAAAACUAUGAUUGCUUGAAUACCAUAAAAAAAUUAAUAGUUCUCUCUUUGGACACAGCCGAAAGUGAGUGGAAUUUUAUCAUGUACCUUCCUUAGAUGAAAAGAAGUUCAUGUACCAUAGAGAGGAAAUUAUUUCUUAUUCAUUUCAGUGCUUCUGGAUAUUUCUUUUUUUAUUUGGUUUUUUUUCCUGUUUAGUGCACAGGUACUACAGGAACUUUCCAUAUCAAUGGUUUUAAGUGAUAUCCGUAUGUGGUUUUGCCUAUGCAGAGUAACGGCCAAAAUGAAAACCUAGAAGAUCUGUAUGUAUCCGCUUGGAAAACUGAAAGUGUUGAUAAUGGAACGAAAGCCCUUAAAGAUGCAUCAGUCAUCAGUCUUAAUGAUCUCAUAUCCAAUGUGAAUAUUGAUGCUUGGAAUAUACCCUCUGCUUACUCUGGGCAGAUAACUGGAGGUGAGAAUUUAGCAAUAUCAGCUGUGGCACAUGAGGCUCUAAACAGCACUGGUGCCAAGAAUUCUGGCCAACAAAAUAACAAGAUCAAAGACAAGGAUUUUGCAUCCAAAAACACAUAUGGUAACAUUUCCCUGGAGCCAAUGAUACUUCUAGAUUUCUAUUCAAGACUCAAACAAAAAUCAUGCACGUUGGCUCUUCGUCAUAUUGAUAAUCUUAAACUCAGGGUAAAAUUAGUUCUUGUUUUGCGAUAAUUUUUUUCAUAAAAAUAUUAUCUGGUCUUUUCGCUAAAUCUGUGAAUGAUUGACAUCAGAAAAACAAUGAGAGGGGUGUACCUGACGAAGAACCGAAGUUGGUGGUCUCGGAUGAUGAAAUUGAGGUAAGUGAUUCAGUUGUAUGACUUCAAUGUUACAAGUUCAUUACAUUCAGGCUUUGGCGUAUUUCUGAGUUUCAGUACAUUUUAUUUUGAGAAAUAAAAUGCUGCAAUUGCAUAUACAGAGGUCAUUGUAGGAGCAGAAAAUGUAAUAUUUAAGCACAUGGUAAUAAUUCUGGAAAAUGAACUGUGAUCACGUCAUUUACUUGGGUUGGUAUUUAAGCUAAUUUCCUGAUCGGGGGCUCCAUUAAGAUUUCAGAAAAAGUCUUAUCGAAUGCUUCUUAGCCCUUUUUUAAUUUGUUUCAAAUAGUUGUAUCACCAUUAAUUCUUGGAGCUCCAAUUUUUUUUUCUUUUAGGCGGCUUUUAUCACGCUUGGAAUUUCAGAUUCCAAUCGUGACCACGUGGACAGGAGCCCACAAGAUGAGUUGUCUGUCAAUGAGCUACUUGAAUUCAUGAAGGAUUCAGGCCUCCAAGCCUUUAACAUUGAAUAUUGCUUGUCGGAGAAAGUACCACCAGUAUGUCCUUCAUCAUUUAUUAAGAUUUCUGUUUGAUAUUUUCUCUGCUAUUCUUAGAGCACCUGUAUUCUGAAUAUCAGGAUGUUUCUAUGGACUGUUUUGUGGUCACAGCAAUCAGACAAAUUCACUGAUUGAGGACACUCUAACUCAGUCUAAUGGAUGAUAAUCAUUCCUGAUGAUCUAAACUCUUGUAGUUCAUUAAAAUACCUUUUUCUUUGAAUUAGAAUUUCUCAUCUUUGUGAAUUAUCCUGCUAAAUUCACGUUACUUUUCAUACUAUUUUAUUCGUGCUUGAUGCUUUCAUAAUGUGCGCUGUACUUCUUAUUUUAAUCAACAACAACAGCAUGGAAUUUUUGGUGAGCAUUCAAGGAAACCACAUUACUUGUGACUAUGAACUCUCAUGUGUUAAAGUCUCUGAUUUUUCACGGAAUAAUUCAGCACGUUUACUUGUAGUAUUUUUGUCCGUAUUUUUUUUUUGAACGAGGCUUUUUCUUCUUCUUUUAAAUUAACGAGGGAUUGCGGUUCAACAAUAGUCAAUCUUGCUUCAUCAUUCACGGCCCAUUGUUCUUGUCUUGCUCAAAAUGUACAUGAGCCAUCGCCCAUUGAGCUGCGUUGGUCUGUGCCUCCCAUCUAAGUUGCCUAGUUAUGCGUGAGAUCACAUUCUGACUAAUUUAUGUCCGCUUAUUGUAGCAGAAGCAGACCUGGAAACUUAUUGUCCUCACCCAGCAUGUCGGUUUUCUAACUAUGAUUAUCUCUUGUUGAUACUGGAAUAUUUUUAAACAGUCUUUGGCACUUACGAAAGCUACAGUUCCGUUGAAUAAAGAUGGUCUUUUCCCCCCCUUUUAGCAUAUAUCUUCUUCGGACCAUUUUGGGUCUCUUAAUUGUGACUUUCUAUUAUUGUAAUUUGCUAAAAUUGCUAUACUAUGCUCCCGGCCUGAUGUUACGAAGCUGAACCUGGUGAUCUGGUGAAUAGGCAGAGAAGGACUUGAGCUCAGCUAUGUGGCUUUUCGAGCAUGCUUCCUCGAUCCUUAGUAUCUUGACACUGUCUUCCUUCAAGGAACAGCACUCUUAUAUCAGUUCAUGGUCUAAGAUGGCGUCUGCAUGUGAACUAGAGUUACAGCGCGGUGCAAUGAUCUGGGCACAAGCAGUCUCUGCUAAUGUUCAGACAGAGUUACUGCUUAAUUUCCAAGGUAAUAAAUGAACUCUCCUCAUGGGGUUUAAUUAGGGAACUCGACUUUUUUGUGGAUGAAACCAUAAGUUCCUGAUUAGGGAACUUGACUUUUUUAUAUAAAACCUCGAACCUGCUUUUAUCCAUUCUGAAUGUUUUAGGCGUCGAGAUAGGGGUUUUCUUCCUUGGCCAAGCUCACCAUAGUAACCGUCCAGUGGCUGGCAGCAGGCCCAAAUAACCACAUAGUUUUGUGUUCUGCAGCUCAACAGUAUUUUCUUGCCCUCGGAGAGAUCUACCGGGUUGUGGAAAUCUUGAGCGCCUCAGCAAGAUUAUACAAGCCUUGGAUACUAGUAAAUCUGGCAGAUUCCAAGGACAUUCUGCGCAACAUUGACACCUCUGCUGUGGUCUGGAGAGAUUCUGGACUGAAACAGGCUCUUGAGGUUAUCUCCAGCAACAGCAUCGAAUUAAAGGUGGCCUCUGAAGAACUUCUUGAAUCAAUAAACUCCAUUUCCAACCUUGGCGCGCAAGCUCUGCAUGGACAUAUUUCUGGUGAUGGGGUGCAGAUUUGCAGACUAUCUUUAUUACCUCUGGAAUUUCUCCCGGGUUUGUAG